CUAUGCGACGUCAAAUUGUCAGUGUAAACGACGAUAUACAAAAGAAAAAGGACAACAUUUAGCUAAACAAAUAUUUUUCUUCAAUUCAAAAGGGUUCCCUACAUUCUCCUCAAUUGGGUAGUACUUUCCGAGAAGGAAUUCUAGGGAAUUAAUUUGCCAAUAUCGAGUUUGUAGCAAGGGAACAGCCACCUUAUUUCUUUGUGCCCGUUUGCUGUGUGGUGUUUAUUGGCAUCGUAUUCCUGGAAAAUAGGAGAUGUUUGACAGUGCACUGCAAGAUCAGAAAUUCUUUAGGCGAAAGUAAAUCUCAAUUGCAAGAAAUUACUGCUACCUGAUUACGUUGAAGUAGUGUGGCAUCAGCAUGAAACCGGCUAUAGGAAAUAGUAUGAGCAGUGGUGGUGUAGGUGAUGGUGGCGGCGGAGCUCUAUCAGCUGCGACGGCCAAUGUGUGUUUUCCGGAUAUCGAACAACCUCGCAUCGAUUACUCAAGCAUAAGAGGCAAAAAGGUUUUGGUAUCGCCCACCGAGGAACAAUUUGAGCUGCUAAAGAAGCGUUUGGAGGAACGCACAGAAGAUAGCCGUGGAGAAACCAUAUAUGAAAUUGGAGUGGGAGAAGAUGGUGGCGACAGUGGCUUGGACGAGGAGGAAUAUCAGGCAGCUGUAGCAACCCUACAAUCAUUGGCCACAACCAUUGAUGCUGAUAUGGUAUUGUUGAGGCAACGCAAAGUUGAGAAGGGUAUGACAGGGCAAUAUUUAAUACGCAAGCGUGUGGAUACUUCGGAUUUUAUGGAAAUUAGAGUUGCUGUCGUUGGUAAUGUAGAUGCUGGUAAAUCUACUUUGCUGGGCGUUUUAACACAUGGAGAUCUGGAUAAUGGUCGUGGUCAUGCGCGCCAACGUUUAUUUAGACAUAAGCACGAAAUGGAAAGCGGCCGUACCAGCUCGGUGGGAAAUGACAUAUUAGGUUUUGAUAGUGUUGGCAAUGUUGUUAAUAAACCAGAUCAUGGAACUUUGGAUUGGGUUAAGAUUUGUGAGAAGUCUGCCAAGGUGAUAACAUUCAUUGAUCUGGCGGGUCAUGAGCGCUAUUUGAAAACUACUGUUUUUGGUAUGACUGGACAUGCUCCUGAUUUUGGCAUGCUAAUGAUUGGAGCCAAUGCCGGUAUUGUUGGCAUGACGAAAGAACAUUUGGGCCUAGCUUUGGCUCUGUCGGUACCUGUGUUCGUGGUGGUUACCAAAAUCGAUAUGUGUCCUCCGAAUGUCCUACAAGACAAUCUUAAAUUACUGUUUAAAAUUUUAAAAUCCCAAGGUUGCCGAAAAGUCCCUGUAAUGGUUAAGACGCCCGAUGAGGUUGUGCUUAGUGCCACCAAUUUUGUUUCUGAACGGUUGUGUCCCAUCUUCCAAGUAUCGAAUGUUACUGGGGAAAAUUUGAAUUUACUUAAGAUGUUUCUAAACCUACUAACAACACGCAUGUCUGGCCAAGACACCUCUCCUGCCGAGUUUCAAAUCGAUGAUACCUACUCGGUGCCGGGUGUCGGUACUGUGGUCUCUGGCACUUGCCUGCAAGGUCUCAUAAAAUUGAAUGACACUCUCAUGUUGGGACCAGAUCCUUUGGGAAAUUUCAUGCCCAUAGCAGUGAAAAGCAUUCAUCGCAAACGCAUGAAUGUGAAAGAAGUAAGGGGUGGUCAAACUGCUAGUUUUGCUUUGAAGAAAAUCAAAAGAUCUCAAAUUCGUAAAGGCAUGGUCAUGGUAAGUCCCGAGUUGAAGCCACAAGCCUGCUGGGAGUUUGAAGGUGAAAUUCUUGUUCUACAUCAUCCCACAACCAUAUCAUCACGCUACCAAGCCAUGGUGCAUUGCGGCAGCAUACGCCAGACAGCGUCCAUUGUAAAUAUGUCCAAGGAAUGUCUGCGGACAGGCGAUAAGGCUCAUGUUAAGUUUAGAUUUAUCAAACAUCCGGAAUAUAUUAGGCCAGGCCAAAGAAUGGUAUUCCGAGAGGGACGAACGAAAGCUGUUGGCAAUGUGCUAAAGCCCAUAACGAAUUCGCAAGCGGCUCAAAAUCGUCCUAAGCCAAAUAAAAUGCAAUCUCGGACCCAAGGUCAGGGAAGUUCGCAACACAAUACAACGCCGCAAAAUCAAAACCAAAAUCCAAAUGUACAAGCGGCGAUGACGGUGGCAGCACACACAGCUAAUAAAACCGCCUCUGACGACUUGAAAUCCCACAAAUCUGAGGGCGUCCUAGAGGUGACAAUGGAUAAACGGGACACUCGUUUGAAUACCAAACGCAACAACAAACGGGUCAAUGGAACCUCAGCAGUAGCUACGUCCAAUGAAGCAAUGUCGUCACAAAACUCUGGCACCACUGCUAACCCCCAAAUGGCUGGAAAAGUUCAGUAAAGCAAGAAAAAAAAAUCUAUCGUUUGCCAGCAAUUUAGAGCAAUAAGUCGCAAAAGCAAGAGGCAAAAAAAUAUCUUGAAAAA